CGUGUGUUGUUUUGCUACUACGUGACGGAAGGAGGAGCAGUAGUACAGCAAUCUCACAGCCAACGAUGAAUCAGAAAUGUUAACCUGUCACAGCCUACAACGGGACAUCAUGACAUUGUCCACUUAUUAAGGAUGAUUGAAGCACCCGUGAAAGUCUAUAAGCACACUGAGAUCUAGUUAAAUGUUAUCUUUCAAGCCUGUGUUAAGGAAAUAAAAGACAUGUUUGAGAAUUUCAGAGAGAGACUGCAAACGGUGCAGCAGGAUUUCACAUCAGGAAUCAAGACACUGAGUGACAAAUCCAAGGAGGCUAAAGUAAAGAAGAAACAGAGAAGAGAUGAGCACCUUCCUCAAUAUUCUGCUGGAGUAGAGCUACUCAGUCGGUAUGAAGACACUUGGGUGGUUCUUCACAAGCAAGCUAAAGAGUGUGCCAAGAAUGGGGAAACUGUGGAUGGGGAUGUAGUGAUGCUGUGUGCACAUUGGGAGAAGAGACGAGGAGCAGUGUUGGAGCUACAGGAACAAUUGCAGCAGAUUCCUGCUUUCCUCUCUGACCUGGAGACUAUUACUUCACGGCUAGCUCAUCUGGAGGCUGAUUUUGAGGAAAUGGAGAGUCGUCUGAUGUAUCUGGAAGAUUUGUGUGCUCAGUGUGAACAUCAACGCUUCAAACGCUUUCAGAUCCUUCAGCUGGAAAACUACAAGAAGAAGAAAAGGAAAGAACUCGAGUCUUUCAAAGCAGAGCUUGAUGCAGAAAAUGCCCAGAAAGUUUUGUUGAUGGAACAUACACAGCAGGUCAAGCUAAAGGAGCGGCAGAAAUACUUUGAGGAAGCAUUUCAGCACGACAUGGAACAGUACCUCUCUACAGGAUACCUCCAGAUCACUGAUAGGAGAGAUCCAGCAGGCAGUGUGUCCUCAAUGGAGGUGAAUGUUGAUCUGCUGGAACAAAUGGAUCUUACAGAUGUGUCUGACCAUGAGGCUCUCGAUGUUUUCCUCAGCUCUGUUGGGGAAGAGUAUGGUGCGUCAUCUCCUGACACAGGUGGCCCAGCUCUGGAAACUGGCACAUCCCCAUCAGAGAUCAGCCUGAAGGUGACAUCUCAGACAGAGCUACGGCAGACUGGCUCCACCAUCUCCUCCUCCUCCACUGACACUAUCAGCGGUGUGACCGAGGGUCCGGAUGAUGAAGAGGAUGCCAGCGAGGAAAGCUGCAGUGGAGAAUCCCCGCUAGUCCAGUCAGAUGAGGAGGAGGUACAUGCUGACACUGCCCUCAUGGGUCUGGCAGAAACAGAGGAGCCACUCAAGAGCUCAGAUGACAGUGACGCACAGGCCCCCUAGUGGCCAUGGAGGGGAAACUUGCUCGGUUCAAGCUGGUUUCUUAUGAUGAAACCCUGUUUUACAUCAAGGCCCGGAUAGAAGGAGAAACUGAACAUUUAUUCACGGAUUAGUGUGGCACUUAGAGAUGAGGAUUUUGGAGCCUUGUUAGAACACUGUUUGUGCUCAUCCUAGAGAGCAGCUCUUUCAGACUAAUAGCACUGUGAUUUUUUUUUUU